CCAAAUCAAUCUUUUACCUGUGUGUUUUUGUUUUUGUAUUCUAGUUUUGUGGUUUUGAAAAUCUUGUUGUUUGUUUUUUCAAGUCAGUCUUUGCUAAACUACAACUAACCAAUCUUAAUCUGUAGUAGUAUCUUAACUACUGAAAGCUAGUAAGACAAGAACAAAUUAAACCUUAGUUUGUACGUGGAUAUGAUGUCCGGUGAGAUGUUUCCAAUUCCUCUUCAAGAUUAUCAUCAUCAUCAUCAUCUUAACAGUCAACAACCACCAAUAACUACUACUACUACUACUAAUGACCCAAAUAACCCUACUCCUAAACCAACCUCUAAUUUCAAGAAGAAAAGAAACUUACCAGGUACCCCAGAUCCAGAUGCGGAAGUGAUGGCUCUAUCACCAAAAUCACUAAUGGCGACAAAUCGAUUCGUAUGUGAAAUAUGCAACAAAGGAUUCCAAAGGGACCAAAACCUACAACUUCAUCGUAGAGGUCACAAUCUGCCAUGGAAGCUAAAGCAAAGGAACACAAAAGAACCCAUCAAGAAGAAAGUCUACAUUUGUCCCGAAAAAACAUGCGUCCAUCACGAUCCAUCUCGAGCACUCGGAGACCUAACCGGAAUCAAGAAACACUUUAGCCGGAAACACGGUGAAAAGAAAUGGAAGUGCGAAAAGUGUUCCAAGAAGUAUGCAGUUCAAUCUGACUGGAAAGCUCAUUCCAAAACUUGUGGUACUAGAGAGUACAAAUGUGACUGUGGCACCCUUUUCUCCAGGAAGGAUAGUUUCAUUACCCAUCGUGCAUUUUGUGACGCGCUGGCUGAAGAAAGCGUGAGGCUCAACUCAUCGGUGACGCCAAAUAACAUCGGUUUGAAAAACGAAGGUAUGAAUGAAUCAGGAAUGAACCCGAAUUUCCCUCAAGGGUUUUGUGGGAUGACACAAUUUGGGUCUGGGUUUAGGCCUGAUCAUUUUGGUGAUCAUCAAAAUAAUAAGCCAAGAUUGUCACUUUGGUUAGACCAAGCGAAUUCUCAUCAUCAGCUCAAUAAUCUCAAUCCAAUGGAACAAAUGAAUAUCAACAACUCGAAUCUUUACAAUAUGUCAUCUAGCUCUGCAGGUUUAGCCGAUAUGGUUAAUGUGUUUGGUUCAUCAUCAUCAUCAUCUCCUAUGGCGAAUUAUUCAAACUCGAACCAAAUGCCAAAUUUAUCAUUAACUCCAAUGGCCGGAGAAAGUUUAAAAGAAGAAACCCUAGCUUCAAUAUAUUCAAUGAACCAAAGCCAUCAAACCGAAUCAUCCACCGGUCCAAUGUCUGCAACCGCACUCCUUCAAAAAGCGGCUCAAAUGGGCUCAAGCAGAAGCAACCCCUCUAUCUUUGGGACAAGUUUCGGGCUCAUGAACUCUUCCACGACAUCAAACACCGCGGUUAGUCUAGUAAACAACAGCAAUAUCACGUCUCUACCUCAACUUCAAGCCUCUAGUGCAAUGAACAUUAACAACACCUCAUCGAAUUCAAGUCCUCAAGCGGCGAGCAAUAAUGCUGACAACCAACAAAUGGUUAUGUCAAGAAACGAAACAAUGGCGGCGCCAUUGAAGAUGAUGCACCACCAGAGCUUUAGCGGAGUCAACAACGGAAUGACGAGAGACUUCUUGGGGAUGGGAGCAGGAGAAGGUGGGCGGCCGUUGUUGCCACAAGAUCUUAUGAAGUUUGCAUCUUAUGGUUCCUCGGCCAUGGGAUCUGCUAUGAGACAAUUCGCUAGUAAUUAGUUAAUUAAUUAGCUAGCUGGAUGUUGUUCCAUUAUUAUUUUAUAUAUAUAUAUAUAUAUAUAUGCUGCUUCAUUAAUUUGAACGUUUCAUCGAUCAUGAUCAUCAUCACGUGUGUUUAAUGUAGCAUAAUAAUUAUGUAUCUAUAGACGUAAUUUUUUGUCAA